CAUCCCAUCCUCCAAUAGAACCUAACGAGGGAAAAGUCACAGCCUGUAGCGCCUGGAAGAGCUGCUUAGAAGCCUAAAAAACUGAACGCAGAUCCAACCAUGGAGAGGAACCGCGUCAAAAUGCCUGUCUGACACUCCAAGACUUCUAAGAUGCCCGGCUUAGUUUUAUGUCCCCGUGGUCUAAUCGUGCUUGGGAUCCUCACUCUAUCUUGCGUCCACGUCAACUCCGAGAUCUUGAGCAAUGAAGUUCCUGACGUGCAUUUUGCAUCUCUGGGCUCCACCGUGAAGCUGACCUGCAGAGGCUCUCACCAAGGGUCUGCAGUGGUAUGGACACACAACGGGAGCUUAGUGCGGACGAGGCAGAAUCACCCCUCGGACGUCUUGCUGAUUCUCACCAACACCACACGCAGCAUGGAGGGGAACUACAGCUGCUAUGAGGAGAGAAGAAGAGAUCUACUGCAGAGCAUCAUACUGCACCUGGGCUAUCCCCCAGAAUAUCUGAGUGUUUCCUGUAAAGUUCCAAGUCACUCCAAAAUUCUGUGCACGUGGACACAGAGAGUGAAGACACACUUACCCACAAAGUACAUCUCCUCAUACAGAGUGGAUAAUGAAGAGACAGAACCCUGUGAGCAAGAGAUACAGGACGUGAACGAGUGCACCAUCAGUGACCUAAAGUUCUGGGCAAGCAAACACCUGGUGAACAUCACAGAAGUGAAUCCGCUCGGCUCCAAAUCCACCAUUACUAACGUGGACGUCCACAAAAAUUUAAAGCCUGACGCCCCUGAGGAACUGAUCUGCGAUCAGGUGAACGGCGAGCCCACGCAGCUGUUUGUACAUUGGAAGCCCCCCUCCUCGUGGCCCUCAGACACUCACGUCCCAUUUCCGCUGAAGUUCGAGUUGCAGUACAGACCCGUCGGCUCCAAAUUCUGGUCCAAGAUGGAGACCGAGGACACUAGUAUAGUGAUCAUGGACGCCCUGAUAGGUCACUUGCACCACAUCAGAGUACGAGCCCAGGAUGCUUUCAUUAACUACAGCCAGUGGAGUGAGUGGAGUGAGGUGGUGCAGGCCCAGCCCUGGACCGACCCUUCCAUGUUGGCUGAAGCUACAACAGAUACGCUUUUCGUCUCGAUCCUCCCGUCCACGUUUCCAGUGAAGGCAACAGAGAAGUCUCCAGAUCCAUCGUUCGAUGAAAAUGGGAGUCAAGUCUUGAUCAUUCUUGGCCUUUUGGCAGCAGUAAUGGUGGUGGUGGUGUUUUCUAUCACAGUCCUACUAUGUAUGCGAAACCGGAGGCGGUGCAACGCUACAAAACAGGAACUAACCUCAAUGGUGAAGAUGAAGUCCUUGCUUAUCUAAAAUUUUCAUCUUGUUCAGCCCUCAUAGGGCUUCAUCAUAGGGAGUCAUGGCCACUGCAUCUGCAGCGCUCAUACCCACACUAUCAAUAUCCCUUGUUUCACUUUUCGCUGCUUGGGGAAUUGGCUCCUUUCCUUGGAGUUCUGAGUCCCAGAAACUGUGAACCCUUCCAACUCCACCCUUCCAAUGUAGCACAACUUAACAGAAAACAGUUACUGCCUUUCAUUGUUUGACGUGAAAAAGCGGAUUUUUUUUGUUUGCCGGCUUUGGACCAGGAACACCAGCACAUUUUAAACUCAAAGUGUCUGCAUUUAUCCCUCGCUUCAGCUUUUACAUGCAGACCCGUGCCAUUUGGCUGUAGUGACACUUGGAACGCUGUGAAGAAAGGAAAAAAGAAAAGAGAAGAAAAAAAAAAGGAGCAUGGCUGUGAAGCAGCUGUGGGCCUCGUUUUUGGGCAUUAAGAAUAAAGUUGACAUUCUCCACAUUUCAAUGCAAGGGACGGAGAUCCCGAACCUGAACAUAGCUGCUAGACGCAGAGACAUUUCGCAGCCAGUCGACCGAGAUGAAGAAGAUUUCUGCGUCACUUCAUUUCUUCAGCGUUUAAUGCCUAAAGGCAUCUGCAAAUAAUCUACGGCUUGAUUUAAACCCAAGGUUGCCUUGUGAAAUAUAAUGACUUCAGCAGUAAAAACGUAUCUCUCUCUCUUUUUUUUUUUUUUGGCGCCGUAGGCAGGGCCAAUAAUAACCGUCCUUCAGCGCUCCAAGACAGUAAGUUGGCAUCGUCACCGACCUACGUGCUCCGGAUCGACGUGGUUACUCUGUUUUGACUUGCCUCUGCGAUUAUAAAUGCUUUGGGAAAAGCGAAAACGAGUUGAGCGCUGAAACAGAAAGUCAACGUUAACUACUUGGCCUCCUGUUAAUGCACCCCCUCAGGAUAGAAUCACUGCCAGAGCAGAACCGGCAUCGAGUUUCUCGCAACUCAGUGGACUGCGCUGUACUGUAUUCGUCAUUUCAGCAUGCUCACUCUGUUAACCAUGCCAGUUUACUAAGCUGGACAUCGGUCAGUGAUUUCUGUGGACGAGGAUUCGAGUUUAAUGCACAUUGAAAAGGCAGCAGGAUGGAUUGCAGUGUAUCAUUGCUACCCUGGGUUCAUACUAAAGAGUGACAAGCGACCGUUCAGUUUAAAGCUCCACGACGUGGAACUAUUAAACCAGCCUCGGCUACCAAGUCAUUUCAUUUUAGAUUCAAUGUUGUUUAGAUACAAAUCCACAGCUGGUGCAGGAGGCUUUCUACCCUCCUCACACCUCCACUGCAGGGCAUUUCAGUAGCCUGGCUGCCUGAGUGAAUUUCAGUUUUGUUUUUAAUGUGUGAUUGAAUAGGUUUCAAGUUUUUCUCAGUUGCUUUGGAGCAUUUCUCAAAACAAUUUGUACAAACUGCACAACACAAACACACUUUUCUCAAAAUCCUUAUUUCAUCUCUAAGAAUUCGUGUCAAUGAACAUCCCAGAAUCAGAAUCACUACGUUUUGGAUCACAGUGAUUGAAGAAGCACAAGACUGGAUUUCUUCGGUACAUCUAUACAUUUCAGCAGCACAAAUGUAAACAUUACAGUAUGUGGGAUAUCGAUUGCAACAGGAUUCGCACUUUUACUGUACUGUAUUAGCGUUCUCUCGUUUCCUGGUUGUUCAUCCAUUUCCAGAAAUUGUAAUUCUGUGUUUUGCUCCGUCUGAAGGUUCACAAGAUUCACCUUUGACCUGUUGUAGAGAACUGGUUGAUCAUUGGUCGAUCUGACGCCGUUCACACGCCUUCAUUGGUGACGUUCAAGAUUCAUCUGCACGAUUCAUCAAUUUUGACUUUGAACUCGUUUUACCAUUUUGCAUUCAAAGACUUGCGACUGAUGUCGAGAUGUUUUUGGGGGUUGAAACUAAUUCAGGUGAAACUGGUAUAAUGUAUUUCGGAUCAACAUGAACAUAAACGAUUGAUAAUGUAGGAAACGGCAGACAUUCGUACGCAAUCGAUUAAUCGACUGUACCAAUGCAUUCGCAAUUUGUUUGAAGCGACGACGUGAUGUGGAGUUUAAACGAGUAGUUUAGAGAAUCUCAGUUCUGAUCUGAGAAACGCUUCAAAGCAUCUGAGAAAAACAAUAACACAAAGAAUGAAAACCCCAAUUUCUGACUUGACACUUCGAAUUUCAUAUGAAUGUUUCACUGCAUGCUGCUGCUCCACACACACACACACACAUGGCGUUUUCUUGUUUUUCAUAGGCAGAUUAAUGAGUGUAUACAGAUGAUCGUUUCAGUACCAGGAACAUGCAGGUAUGUGAAAACACUGAAGUGAUAACAUAUAAGCACCUCCAUCAGCUUUGGUGUGAAUGUAGGAUCCAUUUAUCAUAUACAUCACACACAUGGCCAUUAGUUUCCAUUUAACACACACACACACACACACACGUCCUAAAUCUCUUCUCGCUUUAUUUGCACGGGAUGGCUUUCACAGCGGUUCCUCACUGGUUCUUUCCUGACCAAGCCUUAAAAAAAAAAUAAAAAAAAAAGAUCUUCUGAUGCCUCUUUUCAAGCUAUUGCAUAUUCAUGAUACUGAUUCUAUAUUAAAGCUUAUCUUUACCGGUUUAUUAAUAUAGAUUUAUGUAUAUUGUUGUACAAAAAUCUCUAUCGAAUAUAUGGAUGUGUUUUUACCGUUUUCAGUGUCAUAAAGCUUAAACAGUGCACGUG